CUGCUACCAGAAUGUUUGGUUAGGUGUUGAUUGAGAGGAGGUCUUACUAUUUGUGCUACUAUAUCUUACUAUUAGACUAAAAUCACUUGUUGAGCGUGAGAGUGUCUCUUUUUGCAGCACAUCUCAUCACCAUCAUCCCACCGGGGGGGGGGGCGGGCGGAUGGACGGACAUGCUACUAUGGCAUGUCCAACACACCAUCCUGUGCGUGUGACGCAAAGGAGUCUACUUAAAGCGGGAUUAGCGCCGUGCGGUGCGCUCCACACUCUGCGCUCAGUGUCACACGAGCAGGCACAGGCGCUGAGGAGGGAUCUCCGUUUGUCUGCGCUUGGAGAGAGGAGAGGACAGGAGCCCACAGAGCUGCACAGCGGGACACACACGCGCACGCACACCCAUGCAUUCACUGGAUACUGUCGGCGCUCUCGGACACACAGAAGGAAAAUCAUAAGAUCCUCCGCUUUUUUGUGCACAACCUGAGUGUGAUCUUCUCCGAAUGAACAAUCAUGGGGGAGUGGACCAUAUUAGAGCGUCUCUUGGAGGCUGCUGUCCAGCAGCACUCUACUAUGAUCGGAAGGAUCCUGCUGACCGUGGUAGUGAUCUUCCGGAUUCUGAUUGUGGCAAUAGUGGGAGAGACUGUGUACAACGACGAGCAGUCCAUGUUCGUGUGUAACACUUUACAGCCAGGCUGCAACCAGGCUUGCUACGACAAGGCUUUCCCCAUCUCCCACAUCAGGUACUGGGUGUUCCAGAUCAUCAUGGUGUGCUGCCCCAGUCUUUGCUUCAUCACCUACUCUGUGCACCAGUCUGCCAAGCAGAAAGAGCGGCGUUACUCCACAGUGUACCUCUCCCUGGACAAAGAACAGGACUCCAUGAAAAGAGACGACAGCAAGAAGAUCAAGAACACCAUCGUGAACGGAGUCCUGCAGAACACUGAAAACUCCAACAAAGAGGCAGAGCCUGACUGCCUGGAGGUCAAGGACAUCCCCAACUCAUCCCUGCGAACUACAAAGUCAAAAAUGAGAAGGCAGGAGGGCAUCUCCAGGUUCUACAUUAUCCAGGUAGUGUUCAGAAAUGCACUAGAGAUAGGGUUUCUGGUGGGUCAAUAUUUCCUGUAUGGAUUCAACGUCCCUGCAGUGUACGAGUGUGAUCGAUACCCUUGCAUAAAAGAUGUAGAGUGCUACGUUUCCAGGCCCACAGAGAAGACAGUGUUUCUGGUCUUCAUGUUUGCAGUCAGUGGCAUUUGCGUGGUGCUGAACUUGGCAGAGCUCAACCAUCUCGGCUGGAGGAAGAUCAAAACUGCUGUAAGAGGAGUGCAGGCCAGGAGGAAGUCCAUUUAUGAGAUCCGGAACAAAGACUUGCCCAGGAUGAGUAUGCCGAACUUUGGGCGCACUCAGUCCAGUGACUCUGCGUAUGUGUAGCUUUCUGGCACACAUACAUGAGGAAGCUGCUGGGCAGCUGUGUAGAAACUAGUAAUCAAGAAUGACAAAAACAUUCAGCUUAACAAUUCAUUUAUCAGUAUUUAGUCCUCAAAUGAAACAGACAUGACAUCAGAGGUGAGAUUUCCAGUGAGAGUCAACAGAACUCCCUGAAACAAUUCAUAAGGACUGAACAUUUUCCACAUGAUAGAGCAUUUAUCUUGCUAACAUCAUGUUGAAUUUGGCAGGGUAUUGAUUUUAGGGGUCUUUAAUGGAGAGACAAAUGGAAUGCACAUUUGUUUGUCAGAUUUUGAGCAGAAGGCACUGAUGAGGAAUUGGUGUUUUCUUUGUUUUUUGAAAGUGCUUCUUAAAAGCAUAAACUGAUACACUGUAUGGUCAAAUGUAUGUGGACACCCCAACAUUCCAACUAUAUGCGAUUGUGACACCACAAACAUUAAUGUGCCGCCUAUCAGCCUCUUGUCUGGUUUGGGACCUGGCUGAUAGCGAGCAGUGGUGUUGGUGAUAAGGUCUGGCUCGUAGUCUUUGUUCCAGUUAAUCCCAAUGGUGUUGGAUCGCGAUGAUUACUGAGCCUCUUUGGGGAUAGGGUGGGCACUGUCACGCUGAAACAGGAAAUGCAAACUGUCAACACAAAGUUGAAAGCACAUUGUUGUCUAAACAUGGAUACUGCAGUAGUUUUGUGUGCACUUUUUAAAAGUUGGAGAUCUCAAAAUAGAUUGGGUCAAAAUCUGUGCAGCAGAAGCCGAAAUAUCCUCACUUUUAGUCCCCACUAUCAAUCAGGCCCGAAAACAUUGGAUCCUACACCUCCCAUAAUACAACUCAAUAGUGUAUUUUUUUUAGUGUCAUGUUCAAAUAAUAUGGGAUGGAUGGUAACAGAGGGAGAGAUCUCCAUAUUUAUGACUUGCAGGCUUCAUAUGAUGAAAUCAAGAUGGCUAUUUGGCAUCUUUCAAACUCCACACUCCCCAUUUUUAACAAGUCUCUAAGCCUAAUCUCAAGAGUCUGAGAAAAUAACUGCAGAGUCUCAGACUUGACAAAGCUCCUCCAGUGCCAGUAGACAGUAUACAGCUGUUUUCACUGGCUGGGUAGAAUCCCUUGUGACCUGUAUUUAUGUGUAAAAUAAGUGGGGUGCUCUUUGAAUAGGAACAUAGGGACCUAUCCCAAAUCAUUAAAGACAGUAUACAUGCUUUUGGCCAUAUAGUGUAUCAGAUUUCAGUAGCUUUUUGAUGUCCAGGUGGACACUGAGCAUAUUCUUGCACUAAUAAGCCAAAUGAACAUGCCUAUCCACUCUGAGCUGUGAUGGUGUUUCAGUCACAUUCCAGUGGUUCCAAACACCACUUAGUAAAACACACAAUCUGGCAGUUGAAAGGGCAAGACUGUUCUUUGGACAUUAUAAUACAUUACACAUUUUUAUAGUAUAUCUCUCAUCUCAAAUAUCUAUCUCUUAGGAAUCUCAUUGUUUUGGUUGCCUGUGCUCACACCACUGACCUUAACCUACAUGAUCACUCCUUUGCUUUAGCUGAAGGAAGGUGGCGCCUGGAAACCUGUCAUUGUUUUUUGUUUGUUUGUUUGUUUUUUGUUUUGUUUUGUUUUUUGUUCUCUUACACCCAAGCGCCCAUUUCUUUCAUUUGUGAUGUUUAUUGUUUUCAUGUCAUCAAGUGCCAUACAUGUACAUAUAUAUAUAGAGUAUAGUCUAUCCAGAGAUAUAAGAAAACAUGAAAUCCCAGUUUGGAUUAUCAUGACAUCCUCUAUCAUGUGUAGAGCUGUAUGGAAAUGGUGUGCUACUGUCAUCUUGGAUUUCUAUUUGCAACACAGAAACCAGCCAACCAUCACAUAUUCCAGGGUUAUUGAUGUGAUUUUAAUCAGGACUCACUUGAUCUUAAUCAAGUGAAGCAUAAAUUUGAAUUUCAAUUGGACAACAGGUGAUGCAUUACUGCUGCUGGUGCUACCAUUUUCAAGUAUAAUCUAAAGUAUGCUACUGUUAAACAACUAUGAAAGCAUCUCUAAUAAAAUGAAAGCCAU